CUCGGUCCCAUUUGGGUUGUAGCAACGGGUAUAUAAAGUUGCCCCUCCAAUCGAUAUUUUCUGCGAGGUCUCAUCGACGACGACAUUCGAGGCCGAGUAUCGAGCGGAAUUUUGUGCAACCACCAUGGUUGCUGGUCUCACUUUUAAGGCCAGCCUGAAAAUCCUGGGUUUUUUUGCCCGUGGUAUUUAGCAUUUUCCGGCUGAUUUCUCGUCAUGCGGCGUACCACGAAUUCUAGGGAUAAUCUUACUUGAGCGUCUUUGGGAUUUUACGGCCAGGCGUUCCACGGAGGAAGGGAGGAAUUUGCGUCUGGGCACGAUGGGUCUCGUCGGUCUUUGUUUCGGCCAUCGCCGCAAUGGAUAUCUUUUGGUGUGGUGUUUGACAGCGGCUUUGACAUGUUUCCAUCUAUUUCCUGGGACAGUCGUCUACGGCCAGGUGACCACGGAUGCCCCUGUCACCACGACCAAUGGCACCAGUGUCACCCUCACCGCCACGACGGCAGGCGACAACUCGACCCAGGGUCCUACCCCGCCCCCUCCACCCACCAAGAAGGAGAUCUUACUGGCUGAACUCAUGGCCACCAAGUCUGAGUCUUUUAAUGCCAGCGUUAUCGACUUCAUCGCCACUUACGACGAUUUACAACUAGAGGAGACGUUGCAAUUUAUCUACUACAACGACACCUACCUACUCAGCCCGGACGAGCGCCCAGACAUCGCCAGCUACGACAGUGCCAUCCGCACCAUGUCUGUCAUGCUGGACGUCCUGGGUGAGGAGGGGGUUGACCCCGCCCCAAGGGAGGUCCUCUGCACCUACAUCUACGUCGGGGACUUGACCAGCAUGAUGUUCGAGGGUACCAGCCUGACUGAUGCCACCGACUUUGGAGAGCUAAAUGGGCUAGUAACGUACAUCAUUGAGAUUUGUGACAUACUCAUCGAUGAACAGUAUCACGAGGACUGGCUUGAAAUAAGGAAGUUAUUUCCAGCGUUUGCGUCUGUGGUAGGCACAAUCGACACCCUGUCGAUUCUGCUGGCUAACAUGCUGGAGAGAUCAGCUAGAACGUUCAGCAGUGUCAAGAAUAUCGAAUAUCAUUUAGAAAAGAAAACUUGGAGCGAAUUCCUUGAGGGUGAUGUUUUCUUUGAAUUCGACAAAAAUGAAGGUAUAGCAGUGCCACUGGACUACUUGCAAACUGUGGAAUUUCAAGCAACGGACGUAGUAACGCUGGUUGGCGUCCGCUAUCGCAACAUCAGUGACAUCAUGGGUACCAGCCGAACUGGUGUGUCUGUCGUGGAUGAUAUCCGGGGAAACAGCACAUUCAGACCACGGGUGUUGUCGGCGGAUGUAGUCUCUUUCACAGCCGUCAAGGAAUCUGAUUUGAGUCAGACAUCCAUACCAACAACAUACAAACUGUACCACGAAGAACAGAUCGAAUCGCAUCAAGAGGCAAUUUGCGUGUUUUGGGACUUUACAGAUCGUGUGGAUGAAGGAGGUGUUUGGAACAUUGAGGGUUGCUUUCUGGUGGACAGCAGCUCUGGUCCAGAUACAACACUCUGCGUGUGCAACCACACGACCAACUUCGGCCUGCUUGUCCUGGAUUCAGAAGCGGAGGAGAUUAACUAUCACUUCAUCAUUCAUACCUGGCUGAUGACUGUCGGUGGGGGCGUUUCAGCUGUCCCGUUAAUCGUGAUCCUUGUCAUCUUGAUAUAUCUCGGUACUUUAAAUGGCCGGCGUAGGAUGGCUCAAAUUAGUUUCGUCAUUUGCUACCUCAUCCUUAUGUUGCUGUACGCCACAGCCAACUUGGCCGAACUAAACCAGUGGGCUUGUAUGGGGUUCGGUCUGGCAUCCCAUCUCUUCAUCCUCGCAUCCUCAUUCUGGUUGUUCGUGAUGGCGAUGCUGCUCUUCACCAGGGUAACAGACUUCACCAAAGGGGAGGUCAAAACGUGGCACUGCGUUUUCGUUGGUUGGAUUCUACCGAUGGUGAUUGCUGGUGGAAUAGGCGGUUGGAAAUGGGCGGUUUACGGCAGCGGAAGCAGGUGCUGGCUAAACGCUGGUGACGUCAUCAUCAACGCAACGUACUUUUAUCCACCAAUUGUCACGAGUGCGGCCACACUCUUCAUGUUACUCUUCUCAUUGCGCGCUAUCAGGAUGUCACAAAAGCACGCCCUCUUUGUCAGAGAAGUGGAAGAACUGGACAAAAUCAAGGGUACAUGUUGGUGUUUCCUUGCCAUCCUGCUAUCGGUUGAUCUAACCAUCUUCAGUGGAAUCAAGUCUUUCGAGAUGGAGAUGUUGGGCUAUGCGUUUGGUGGUUUACUCUGCGUUCAGGGCCUUGUUGUUCUUCUAGCAGAGCUACUUCUUAAUUCAGAGAUUAAAGCAGCUUGGAAAUUAAAGAAGGACCCUCCACCAGUGAUUAAAGAUGCCGAUGAAGACGACGACAUUGAUUAUGGUGUCGAUGGAAAACCCAGCAAGAAAUGGAACUUUAAUGCCUCAAUGACAGUGGACGACUAUGAUGAUGACGAUGACAGGGACAUUUACUCCGAAGUCUCGUCUCGUCCGGGAACGAGUCGGAGCGCUGUAUCGACUAUUACCGUGGGUGACAUUCAAUACGAGGAGCCAAAAUAUACGGGCAACACCCUCCGACCGACCAUGGUCCCGCCGGGCGCCGGCCGCCGGAGCCCACGACGGAACCCCGGCACACGAAGCCCACGGCGGAGCGCCGGUAGGCGAAGCCCUAGGCGCAGCGCCGGCGACGGGGCCAGCCAGGGUAGAAACUCAGCCGACGGGACGAAGCGAGGGGGCUUCAUGGAGGAAUUCCCCGUCAAGAUGAAAGGGAAAGCAAGCUACGGGACCACCGACUACACAAGCUUGAUCACCGGCUACGGAGGAGGCAAGAAAGGCGAUGUCAACAACCUACUCCCCAAGUCCAAACGGACCAGUAUACCGGGCUCAAUCGAGGAUCCAGAGGAGGAUAUCAAGCGCAUCAGACAGCUCAGCCCCGCCGGUAGGAAAUCGGCCGAGGGACGGGAGCUGUCGGACCUUGGGGAAAGGCAGUCCCCCGAGGGUGGUUACGGGGAGGACAACGACGGCUACGACGACUAUGACGAGGAGUACAACGAGGAUGGGUACAAUGACGAGGACUAUGGGGAAUAUGAUGAGAACUACGAGGGGAAUUAUGACGAAAACUAUGAUGAGAAUUAUGACGAGAAUUAUGAUGAGAAUUACGAUGAUUACGGUUAUGAUGAAAAUGAAGUUUAAAAAAUGUACAUCUUUUGCCAAUGCGAAGUAUUUUUACACCACAUGUUGCAUUUGUGUCCACUUGUUUGGUGCAAACCAAUAAAAACCGGUAAGAUUUGGUAACCAUUGAUACAGGAGGCAACCUUCAUAUACAACAAUUAAGCAAUUUCUACUAUCUUAUAUAAGAAAAAAAUUCUCUUUCCCUGCCAUU